GGAAAAGCAAACCCACCGCCCGAGUGUGUGCACGCCCACCCUCCGCCUGAAGACACGGAUGGGUUAGCCCAGCCCAGCUGAGGACGGGGCAGUCGGGGCCGGAGCAGGUGCGGUGGACCUGGCUCUGCCUCUCAUCUCUUCCUUCAGGUACCCAGACACCAUGGCCCCGACCCUCUGGACCUGACAUUGGCAGGAAGUAGAAGACAUUGUCCUCAGCCUCCUCCACCCUCCAUUCUCACCAUGUCUUCGACGCAGGGCAAUGGGGAACACUGGAAGUCCCUGGAGUCGGUGGGCAUUAGCCGCAAGGAGCUGGCGAUGGCCGAAGCGCUGCAGAUGGAGUAUGACGCGCUGUCCCGCCUCCGGCACGACAAGGAGGAGAACAGAACCAAGCAGAAUGCCGACCCCGCUCUUAUCAGCUGGGACGAGCCUGUCCUCGACUUCUACCACAAGCCAGCGGGCAGGCGGAACGACCUCAAGCUCCUACGCGGUCUCUCUGGCUCUGAUCCUACCCUCAAUUACAACUCGCUCUCCCCACAGGAAGGGCCGCCCAACCACUCUACCUCCCAGAACUCCCAGGCUGGCCCAGACCCUUGGCCCAAAGACUCCCUGUCUGGAGACUAUCUCUAUAUCUUCACUGGUUCAGAUGGGGAGCUCUCUGUGUCCCCAGGACCAGGGGAUGCCGAUGACUCUUCUAAGAAACUGUCUCCACCGCCCCUGCCUCCUCGAGUCUCUAUCUGGGACGCCCCUCCUCUGCCUCCUAGGAAGGGGUCCCCUUCAUCCUCCAAGAUGACCCAGCCCAAUGACAUCAACUCGUUUUCUUUGGUGAAACAACCCUCAGGCAAAUCACUAGGCCGUCAGAUCCUAGAGGAGGAAGAAGGGCCGGGAGGCGGGGGUCAGGGGUGCCUGCUGGGGUCCGUGGACUACGAUGGUAUCAACGAUGCCAUCACGAGACUCAACUUGAAGUCGACUUACGAUGCAGAGAUGCUGCAGGAUGCCACCCGGGGCUGGAAGGAGGGCCGAGGGACCCUGGACUUUAGCAAGGACACCCCGGGAAAACCAGUAGCCCGGAGCAAGACUAUGCCCCCUCAGGUGCCCCCUCGCAACUAUGCCUCCCGCUACGCCAACCGAAAGAACUCGGGGCCUGGCAAGAGCCGCAGGAUCUCCGCUGCUCCGGUGGGCUCGCGGCCCCGCACCAUCGCCAAGGGACACGAGUUGUUUGAGGUCUCGGAGGAGAGAGACGAGGAAGUCGCUGCCUUUUGCCACAUGCUGGAUGUCCUCCGGUCUGCCGCUGACAUCCGGGAGGAUUCCCUCACUGGGUACGUCUGGAGCACCGUCACCCCCAGCCCAGAGCACCUGGGAGAUGAGGUCAACCUGAAGGUGACCGUGUUGUAUGACAGCCUGCGGGAGCCGCUCACAUUUACCUGCAACUGUUCCUCCACGGUGGACCUCCUCAUCUACCAGACCCUGUGCUACACCCAGGACGAGCUGAGGGAUGUGGAUGUCGGUGACUUCCUGCUGAAGCCCUGUGGGCGGGAGGAGUUCCUGCAGAACAAGCAUGCCCUGGGCAGCCACGAGUACAUCCAGUACUGCCGGAAGUUUGACGUGGACAUCCGGCUCCAGCUGAUGGAGCGGAAGGCCGUACGCAAGGACCUGGCCCGCACGGUGAAUGAUGACCAGAGCCCUUCCACCUUGAACUACCUCGUCCACCUGCAAGAAAGACCCGUGAAACAGACCAUCAGCAGGCAGGCCCUGAGUCUUCUGCUCGACACUUACCACAAUGAAGUGGAUGUCUUCCUUCUGGGGGAUGGGGACUUCCCACUGAAGGCCAACAGGCUGGUCCAGUCCGUCAAGGCCAUCUGCAAUGCCCUCGCGGCCGUGGAGACCCCGGAGAUCACCAACGCCCUCAACCAGCUGCCCCCCUGCCCCUCUCGCAUGCAGCCUAAAGUUCAGAAGGACCCCAGUGUCUUGGCUGUGAGGGAGAACCGAGAGAAAGCCGUGGAAGCCCUGACGGCCGCCAUCCUGGACCUGGUGGAGCUAUACUGCGGCACCUUCAACGCGGACUUCCAGACGGCCGUCCAUGGCAGCCGCAAGCACGACCUGGUUCAGGAGGCCUGCCACUUCCCCGGGCCCCUGGCCUUCACGGUCUAUGCCACUCACCGCAUCCCCAUCACCUGGGCCACCAGCUACGAAGAGUUCUACCUCUCCUGCUCCCUCAGCCAUGGCGGUAAGGAGCUGUGCAGCCCCCUGCAGACCCGAAAGGCUCACUUCUGCAAGUUCUUCUUCCACCUCAUCAUCUGGGACCAACAGAUCUGCUUCCCUGUGCAGGUGAACCGGCUGCCAAGGGAGACCCUGCUGUGCGUCACACUCUAUGCGCUGCCCAUCCCCCCGCCUGGGAGCUCCUCUGAGGCCAACAAGCAGCGGCGGGUACCCGAGGCCCUAGGCUGGGUCACCACCCCACUCUUCAACUUCAGGCAAGUGCUGACCUGUGGCCGGAAGCUUCUAGGCUUGUGGCCAGCAACCCAGGAGCACCCCAGUGCCCGAUGGAGCGCACCCAACUUCCACCAGCCAGAUAGCGUCAUCCUGCAGAUCGACUUCCCCACCUCCGCCUUUGACAUCAAGUUCACCAGCCCUCCAGGAGAUGAGUUCAGCCCCUGCUAUGAGUUUGGCAGCCUCCGGGAGGAAGACCAAGGCAAGCUUAAAGACGUCAUGCAGAAGGAGUCCCUGUACUGGCUCACGGAUGCUGACAAAAAGCACCUGUGGGAGAAGCGCUAUUACUGCCACUCCGAGGUGAGCUCGCUCCCUCUGGUGCUCGCCAGCGCCCCCAGCUGGGAGUGGGCGUGCCUGCCCGACAUCUAUGCGCUGUUGAAGCAGUGGACCCACAUGAACCACCAGGAUGCCCUGGGGCUCCUGCAUGCCACCUUCCCGGAUCAGGAGGUGCGGCGCAUGGCCGUCCAGUGGAUCAGCUCACUCUCAGAUGCUGAGUUGCUGGACUACUUGCCCCAGCUGGUGCAGCCCCUGAAAUAUGAGUGCUACCUGGACAGUCACCUGGUGCGUUUCCUCCUCAAACGAGCGAUCUCCGACCUGCGAGUGACUCACUACUUCUUCUGGUUGUUGAAGGAUGGCCUCAAGGACUCUCAGUUCAGCAUCCGCUACCAGUACCUGCUGGCGGCCCUGCUGUGCUGCUGUGGCAAGGGCCUGCGGGAGGAGUUUAAUCGCCAGUGCUGCCUGGUCAACACUCUGGCCAAGCUGGCCCAGCAGGUCCGGGAGGCCGCACCAUCCGCCCGGCAGGGUGUCCUCCGAGUGGGCCUGGAAGACGUGAAACAGUUCUUUGCCCUCAACGGCUCCUGCCGCCUGCCGCUCAGCCCCAGCCUGCUGGCCAAGGGCAUCGUGCCUCGGGACUGUUCCUACUUCAACUCCAACGCCGUCCCCCUCAAGCUCUCCUUCCAGAACGUGGACCCACUGGGGGAGAACAUCCGGGUCAUCUUCAAGUGUGGCGACGAUCUUCGCCAGGACAUGCUGACCCUGCAGAUGAUCCGAAUCAUGAGCAAGAUCUGGGUGCAGGAGGGGCUGGACAUGCGCAUGGUCAUUUUCCGCUGCUUCUCCACGGGCCGGGGCAGAGGCAUGGUGGAGAUGAUUCCCAACGCCGAGACCCUGCGCAAGAUCCAGGUGGAGCACGGGGUGACCGGCUCCUUCAAGGACCGGCCACUAGCCGACUGGCUGCAGAAACACAACCCCGGGGAGCACGAGUAUGAGAAGGUAGACGCCGGGCCCGGGGGUGGCGGGUGGCCGGCAGAUGUUCCUCAUUGGAGGAACUGCAGCUCAGAGAGAAUGUUGUCCUGUGGGAUCCCUGAGCUGUCGGACCUGGAGGACCUCAAGUAUGUGUACGAUGCCCUGAGGCCUCAGGACACGGAGGCCAAUGCCACGACCUACUUCACGAGAUUGAUCGAGUCCAGUCUGGGCAGUGUAGCCACAAAGCUCAACUUCUUCAUCCAUAACUUGGCUCAGAUGAAGUUCACGGGCUCCGACGACCGGCUGACUCUCUCCUUUGCCCCGCGGACACACACCCUCAAGAGCUCCAGCCGCAUCCAUGACGUAUUUCUCUGCCGCCACGAGAAGGUCUUCCACCCCAACAAGGGCUACGUCUAUGUGGUGAAGGUGAUGCGGGAGAAGAGUCAGGAGGCCACUUACAUCCAGCGCACCUUCGAGGAGUUCCAGGAAUUGCACAACAAGCUGCGCCUGCUCUUCCCGUCGUCCCUCCUGCCCAGCUUCCCCAGCCGCUUUGUGAUCGGCCGCGCUUGGGGAGAGGCUGUGGCUGAGCGGCGGCAGGAGGAGUUAAACGGCUACAUCUGGCACCUGAUCCACAAGACCCCUGAGGUGGCCGAGGUGGGUCUGCCCUCUUCCUUCCUGCCUUUUCCUCUCCCUGGGCCUGGGGACAAAGGGAGCAGAAGGGCCCCUGGCUACUGGCACCGGGGAGGGGGAUUGGGGCCAGAGGGAGUCUGGACCAGGCUGUGGUCACAGGAAUGUGGGUGGGAAUCUCUGCCUCUCGUGUUUUCCGUCCCUCUGCAGCACCUGCUCCAGGACGGGAACGACCCUGACCCCUAUGUGAAGAUUUACCUCCUUCCUGACCCCCAGAAAACCACCAAGAGGAAGACCAAAGUGGCCCGGAAAACCUGCAACCCCACCUACAAUGAGAUGUUGGUGUAUGAUGGGAUUCCCAAGGGAGACCUGCAGCAGCGGGAGCUUCAGCUAAGCGUGCUGAGCGAGCAAGGAUUCUGGGAGAACGGCGGCCGGGCGGUCUCCGAGGAAACGAGCGCGCACGCGCAGGACGGGGCCCGGCUGAUGCAACCUCCCGCGUGCGCGCGCAGUCUACCGAGCGUAAGGAAGCCGGCAGGGGAACGGGAAGACCAAUCAGCGGCCACCCGGAAGUGCGCCGAGAGGCCCGCCCCCUGGCGUCUCGCGAGUGACGCUCGGCGGCGCGGGCGGGCUGGGUAA